AUGACUUCCCUACUCGAAAGGACAUCUAUUGGGCCCAAUACCUACACGUUUCGAUCAUUGGAACAAUUAUUAAAGCCCUAUGAGGGCAAAUCACUACUUACUCCUCGAGAAGCCAACACACUCAACUUCCAUAUUGUGGAGAAUCUUAUGGUAGAGAAUUGCGAUCGUGAUACACUCAAAAUAUUGGCACGAUAUUUGUCUAAAAAGGGUUUGGAUGACUUAGUUGAAGAAAGGGUGACGAAUCAUUACUGUGGAUAUCCGCUUUGCCGAUUUCAUGAUCCAAAACAGAUCAAGGAGAUGCAGAUCAAUAAGCUUGUAGCCAAGCUUAAAAUGCCUCGAUAUUAUCUGUCCAAGUUUUGCUGCAAGAGACAUUAUCAAGCCACCGAAUUUUACAAGAAACAGUUGAGUGCAGAUGUGUUGUUUAUGAGAACGAACAUCAAUCAGCCGUUUUUCCAAAGUGAUACGUACGAGAAUUCAAUAGUUCUAUUAGAGGAGUAUUUCGAAGCUAAGAAAAACAAGGGUUCUAUCAACCUGAACACGCCAGCUAUGAAUGAAUUGAUGGAGUUGAUGGAAAAGAUGCAGAUAGAGGAUGACGAGGGCGAUGACGGAGUCAAAGGAGCCAACGAAACCAACGGAACCAACGGAGCCCACGAAGUUGCAGAUAUGGACAAAAGUAUGAGUGAUAUUAGUAUAGUGGAAAAGGAGGGGCCCCAGGAAAGCAGUAGGAAUUAUGCAGGUUCAGUUGGCUACCAAUGA